GGAGGAAAUAACGUUUUUAUUUUAUUCCUUGAAAAGCAAAGGGAAGGGGCAGCCUCUCCAUUCUCUCUUUAUUCCGAAACCCUAAGUUAGUUUCAUCCUUGUCGACCUGUAGGUUUGGAGGCGUUUGGAGCAUUGUUUGUUCGCAACGAUGAACCAUCUCGAUCAAAGAUAUGGCGACCCUACUUCCUAUCGCCAGCGUCGAAGUGACCUGACGGGGCCCUCGCCGCCGGGGGUUAUGGGUGGGCCAGGGUCCUCCACCUACGGCCGCGGAGGCGGCGGCCCUGCUCCUUAUGGGGGUGCUCCGGGGCCUUACUCUUCUGGUGGAAAAGGGAUUGAAGGGGCUCCGGGUUCUGUACCGGGGGGUGGUGGUGGUUUCAACGGAUACCCGUUUAAGCCUGAUGUUGGCAGGGGAUUUGACAUUGGCCAAGGUGGGGGUGGAAGGGGAUUUAGUGAUAGGAGAGGUGGAGGGAGGGGAAGUGGUGGUAGAAUGGGGGAUAGGAGAGGAGGUUAUGCAGGUGCUGGUGGAAGGGGGCGAGGUGGUGGUAGUGGUAGGGGAUUUGAUUCUGGGCGUGGGGGAGGUAGAGCUGCUGGUGGCCGUGGGGAUGGUGGGGCUUUUGAUGCAGGAAGGAGUUGGUUGCCAAAUUUGGGUGGAGGCAGGGCUGGUGGUGGUCGUUCUGAUACUGGUCGAGGUGGUGGUGGUGGAAGGGGCUUCAGUGGGGGGCAGGGGAGGGGGUUUGAUGGAGGUCGUGGCGGUGGCAGAGGUGGUAGAUAUGGAGGGUCUAGAGGGGAUUUGGAUAAUAUUGCUCUUCCAAAGCAAGAUUUUGGUAAUUUGGUCCCUUUUGAGAAGAACUUCUACAUUGAGAGCCCUUCUGUGAGCUCAAAGUCUGAGCAAGAAGUUAUGCUGUACCGUGCCAGAAAAGAGAUAACUGUUGAAGGCCAUGAUGUUCCAAGGCCAAUACAAAUGUUUGAGGAGGCAAAUUUCCCUGACUAUUGCCUUGAGGUUAUGGCCAGAUUGGGUUUUGUUGAGCCAACACCAAUUCAGUCUCAAGGAUGGCCAAUGGCCUUAAAAGGAAGAGAUUUGAUUGGCAUUGCUGAGACAGGUUCUGGAAAGACUUUGGCAUAUCUGCUACCUGCUUUGGUUCAUGUUAGUGCUCAGCCUCGAUUGGUACGGGGUGAAGGUCCUAUCGUCCUGGUAUUAGCACCUACUAGAGAAUUGGCUGUUCAAAUUCAGGAAGAAACUUUAAAAUUUGGGUCCCGUGCAAGUAUUAGAAGCACCUGCAUCUAUGGUGGUGCACCAAAAGGCCCUCAGAUUCGUGACCUUCAAAGAGGUGUUGAAAUUAUCAUUGCUACACCAGGUAGACUGAUAGAUAUGUUAGAAACUCAGCACACAAACUUGAGAAGAGUGACUUACCUUGUUUUGGAUGAGGCUGAUCGAAUGCUGGACAUGGGUUUUGAGCCUCAGAUCAGGAAAAUUAUAGCCCAGAUUCGACCAGAUAGGCAGACAUUGUAUUGGAGUGCUACAUGGCCAAGAGAGGUGGAAACUUUGGCAAGACAGUUCUUGCGCAAUCCGUAUAAGGUUAUUAUCGGCUCUCUAGAUCUCAAAGCAAAUCAGUCUAUCAACCAAGUUGUUGAAGUUGUUACAGAGGUGGAGAAGUACAACAGGCUGAUCAAACUGCUCAGCGAAGUGAUGAAUGGAAGUCGAAUACUAAUUUUCACUGAGACCAAAAAAGGAUGUGACCAAAUCACUAGGCAGCUGAGAAUUGAUGGAUGGCCAGCUUUGUCCAUCCACGGUGAUAAAAACCAGUCUGAAAGAGAUUGGGUUUUGGCUGAAUUUAAAAGUGGCAGAAGUCCUAUAAUGAUUGCUACUGAUGUUGCUGCACGUGGUCUUGAUGUGAAGGAUAUCAAAUGUGUGAUCAACUAUGAUUUUCCUUCAAGUCUGGAGGACUAUGUCCACAGGAUUGGGCGCACUGGUCGUGCAGGAGCCAGGGGAACUGCUUUUACGUUUUUCACACAUGCAAAUGCGAAGUAUGCUAGGGAUCUCAUUAAAAUCCUGCAAGAAGCGGGGCAAAUUGCCCCUCCUGCAUUGUUGGCCUUGGCUCGUUCGAGUGGUUCACAUCUCGGAGCUUCUGGUGGCAACUUCCGGUCCAGAGGACAAGGUGGUUUCGGAAACAGGUCUCUGAUUUCAGGAUCCAACACCAUUCCUAUUGGUUCCAGGAGGCCUUGGUAGCUUAGUUAUGCUCCUCAAUUCGUCGUUAAGAUCCGAAAUAUAGGUAUUUUAGUUAAGAGUAUCUCUUAGGGGGAUCUUGGUGGUAGUGCUCAUGAAGCGCAACAUUAAGUUGUGGAAAAAAAGGUAUUUUUAAUUUUAGAUCGAGUACCUUGGUUGGGGUGCCGUGGGAAGUUCCAAUUAUAUAUGUUUUUACUGGUUAUACUAUUAGGAACAUGAUAAUUAUUGUUGAGCCUCGGAUCGGAUGUAUUAUUGCAAUUGAGAAAUGCAAGAAAAACCAUUGUGUA